UACAUGUCUCUUUUCUCUCUCUCUCUCUCUCUCAACUUUCUAUGCAAAUAGUUUCUAUAUAUCUGGAAUACUAGGUUGGGCUAAUAACUUGGAUAGAAGUAGAACUUUGAAGUAAAGGGUCUGAUAACCUACUCAGCAAAAAAAGAAAAAGAAAAAAGGAUCUGAUAACCUAAUAUCUGGGAAAAUGACGAGGCGGAAAAUUCAGAUUAAGAAGAUUGACAACACGACGGCAAGGCUGGUGACAUUCUCAAAGAGGAGGAGAGGACUUUUUAAGAAAGCUUUUGAGCUCUCUACUCUCUGCGAUGCUGAAAUUGGUCUCAUGGUCUUUUCUGCAACAGGAAAGCUCUUUGAAUACGCCAGCUCAAGUAUGCAGCAAGUAAUUGAAAGGCAUAAUCUACGUCCAGCGAAUCUUGGCAAAAUGAACCAACUAUCUCUUGAGUUACAGGCUACCUCUCCCUAAAUGAAAUUGAAGUAUAGUGAAGAUGAAGAAGCAUACACGGAUUCCCUUUUCUCAAAUACGAAAGAAAAAAAAAAGCCAUGUCAAAGUAAAUAUAAAUCCUAGCUCAGAGUUGUAAUUAAGUUUCUGUAAGACCAAUUUAUUUCCAUCAGUUGAUUCAAAGAGAGUAUGUAUGUGGUAAAUUUUGGAUGCUAAAUCAUGUUUAUGGAUAAAUCAAAUUUGUUUCAAUGGAAAAUAAAGUAGAAGGUGAUGGGAAAGGUUGCUUGUA